AUGCAAAAAAGGAAUACGAAACUUGGAGGUAAAGAACCUCUUGUAAAAAAUAAAAGGUUCCCAAAAGAAAACGAAAUUGAACAUACCGGUACUUUUAAAAAAAGUACAAACGGUUUACAUGGUGGCUCGUCAAAAGAACAUUCUCCUUUCCAAAAAGUUUCUAAUUAUACACAUACGCCACCAAGAAAUAUUACAUUUCCAAUUAAUAAAUUACAAAAGAAAUAUAUAUUAAAGGAAUUAACCAAUAAAUUCGAAAAUUUGAACAUGUCGGAUCCUGAUGAUGAUUAUUUUAUGGACAUUUCACCUAAUAUUAAGAGGGAUGUUAUUAUUAUCGAUGACGAACCCGAAACACUUAAUAACCAAAAUGAUGAAUUCCGUGCACCCUCACCUACGAGGAAUAAAUAUGCUAAUUUACCGGAAAUAGAUUUAUUAUCUGAUGAUGAAACUUCGAUACAAAGUAGUACUUCAAGGAGAAAAGGUUCUGCAGAACAUAAACGUUGUCCGUUUUGUAACGAGGCUAUUCCUCUUCCACUUCCGGAGCGUAUCCGAGCUUAUUUGAUUAAAAUAAAUCCUUCAGCUCGAGAUAAGUUAUCUGACCAAACACAGAAUAUAUCGCCAUCAUCGGAUGUUGCAUUAUGUGCGUAUCAGGAGUUUGGUAGGGCUCGAGCAAGGAAGCCAACUAUUUUGAUGGGAAGAUUUCAAAAAUUUCAACCUGGAUAUUAUGGAUCUAAAGGCGCCUCUAUAAUAUUUUCUUCACUCGUCUCUCUUUUUAUGGAUACAAAUAUUCUUACAAUGGAUAUGACAAAACCGCAAGAACCUUUGGAAUACCUCAAUCAGGUACUUGUACCCGAAACUGCAAUUCGGUUAAUUUCUAGGGAUCGUGGUGGUAUUCCUUUAGAAGAUGCAAGAAAGGUUAUGGAAAGUAGUGUUGAAUUUGGAAUGUAUGUACAUGAUGUUGACGAUGAUCUUGACAAUAAAUGA